CAUUUCCAAAGCUCGGUUUCUCACGCUCAAAUCACACACACACUCUCUCUCUCUCUACACCCUCCGAUCGAGUCAAGCUCCGCCGCUGGUAGCCGGAGCCUCAUCAGAAUCCUCACAUUUCUCACUUCCAAUCUCCGUAUCUCCGCUCUUUGAGAGAAAAUGAGAGAAAUCCUUCACAUUCAGGGUGGACAAUGUGGAAACCAAAUCGGAUCAAAGUUCUGGGAAGUGGUUUGCGACGAGCACGGCAUCGACCCUACCGGCCGUUACACUGGGAACUCUGAACUGCAAUUGGAGCGCGUCAAUGUGUAUUACAAUGAGGCCUCUUGUGGGCGGUACGUCCCUCGUGCCGUGCUCAUGGAUCUCGAGCCAGGUACCAUGGACAGUGUGAGGACUGGUCCCUAUGGUCAGAUCUUCAGGCCUGAUAACUUCGUUUUUGGGCAGUCUGGUGCUGGAAACAACUGGGCCAAAGGGCAUUACACUGAGGGAGCAGAGCUCAUUGACUCGGUUCUUGAUGUUGUGAGAAAGGAAGCUGAGAAUUGUGACUGUCUUCAGGGCUUCCAAGUAUGCCACUCUCUUGGUGGAGGUACUGGUUCUGGGAUGGGUACUUUGCUUAUUUCGAAGAUCAGGGAAGAGUACCCUGACAGGAUGAUGCUCACUUUCUCUGUGUUCCCAUCGCCAAAGGUCUCAGAUACAGUUGUUGAGCCCUACAAUGCCACCCUUUCUGUUCAUCAGCUUGUUGAGAAUGCAGAUGAGUGCAUGGUGUUGGAUAAUGAGGCCUUGUAUGAUAUUUGUUUCAGGACUCUGAAGUUAACUACCCCAAGCUUUGGUGAUCUGAACCAUCUGAUCUCUGCAACCAUGAGUGGUGUUACUUGCUGCCUCAGGUUCCCUGGCCAGCUUAACUCUGACCUCCGGAAACUUGCAGUGAAUCUCAUUCCGUUCCCCCGUCUGCACUUCUUUAUGGUUGGAUUUGCUCCUCUUACCUCACGUGGUUCUCAACAGUACCGUGCUCUAACUGUCCCAGAGCUUACCCAGCAAAUGUGGGAUUCAAAGAACAUGAUGUGCGCUGCAGACCCACGCCAUGGUCGCUACCUCACAGCUUCAGCCAUGUUCAGGGGCAAGAUGAGUACUAAAGAAGUCGAUGAACAGAUGAUCAAUGUGCAGAAUAAGAAUUCUUCUUACUUUGUUGAGUGGAUCCCAAACAAUGUGAAAUCAAGUGUCUGUGAUAUUCCUCCCAGGGGCCUCUCUAUGGCGUCGACCUUUAUUGGGAACUCAACCUCCAUCCAGGAGAUGUUUAGGCGGGUGAGCGAGCAGUUCACAGCUAUGUUCAGGAGAAAGGCUUUCUUGCACUGGUACACUGGGGAAGGCAUGGAUGAAAUGGAGUUCACCGAGGCAGAAAGCAACAUGAAUGAUCUGGUAUCCGAGUACCAGCAGUACCAAGAUGCCACAGCAGAUGAGGAACUUGACUAUGAGGAUGAGGAGGAUGCUGAGCAGGAGGAGAUGUAAGGUGUGCAAGAGAGCAACGACAUGGGCCUAAAAAUAUCUACAAGCAAUUAAUCAUAAGAUAAUUUUCUUGUGUUUUUUUCUAUGGAUGAAGUGGGAACUCUUAGGAGAGUUGGGAAAAUGCCUAUUUUUCCUUGUUUAAAAUCGUGAAAUAUUUGUAGUUGGGGAGUUAGAAAGUUGUGUAUGUUUUGAAUUCUAACUUUGCUUCUAUCCAUUUCUAUCAUGAAGUUUAGCAUUAUAUCCUA